UGCAUCUGUGAAGAGUAAAGGAUCGCGGGCUCAGACUCACAGCAGCACCGGAGCGCUCGGCUAAUGUGUGUGUACGGCACUGCGGCUCUUCUCCAGCCCGCUGUCAUCACCUGUAAACACGGAAUGUUGUUCUGAAAGCCGCCGGGUGCUCGAGGAACCAGCGCUGAUCAGAUAAAGUGGAGCUUGGAGAGACAGCUGAUCCGCGGAUGCUCGUCUGAGGCAACAAUCACCAGAGCCAAACAAGUGUCCAGCCUCUGCAGCGAGGUGCAUUUGGUCGAUGAAGGCUACUCAUCAUUGUGAUGUAUAAUGGCUCCUGUGCUGAGUGCUGUGUUGGGGUCAGGAGCAGCGGGGUCAGAGGUCGCGGGGGCGGCAGUUUUGGCUAAAGGAGAGCUGGCACUUGUAGGCACGAUCACAGGACUCACUGCCUUCCUGCUGCUCUCCGUCCUGCUGCUGCUGCUAUGUGCCAGUUGCCAGGGGCAGAAAAAAGGGGGGCCGCCGGGAGACCACGAAAACCUGAUGAAUGGGGUGUCAGAAAAGGAAACCUGCAGCCAGUCAGUAGAGAGCCAUGGCACUGAUUUGGCAGUUAGCACCUCUCAUAACGGGCCUCUUACAAGUGGUACAGUACUCACGGACACAAUGGAUACAAGUCCCCAGCCUUCUGAAGACAUGCUAUCCAGCCAAUCAGAGAUCAGAUCCUCUAAGUAUCACCAGGACCGCGAAUUACCCAGCAUUCCACCCACUGACUCCCUCAAAGCAGCUGCAGUGGAUGCUCAAGUGACCUCAGGCGAUGGCACAUAUGAGGUGUUGAAGGACAGCACCUCUCGUGACGUCAGUGUGGAGGACUGUCUGUACGAGACGGUCAAAGAACUCAAGGACAUUGGCCUACCCAACGGUACACUAAGCCCAGAGGAUCCACCCGUACCUAUUCUCAACGGUCACCCAAGCCCGGCUACACCAGACCACACCAUGCUUCCCAAUGGUGUAGAGUACGCCUCAGUCAACCUUAGCAAGAAGAGCCGCUACAGCACUGACCUGGAGGCCAGGAGAUCAGCUGCCAUUGUGAACUCUGAAGAGCCUGAGGACGAAAAACCACCUCCCGUACCGGAUAAAGUACUGGAUGAGAAUGACAACCAGCAGAUUCCAAAUGGACAGUUACACUCCCCGCUGCUGACUCCAGAGCUUCAGGACAAGGUGUCUCCGGACAGUGAGUUAUCAGACAUGUACUCCACGGUUGCGAAGAAUACUGUAAAGGAAGCAGAGAACGACUACAGCAGCAUUGGAGAGAUCAAGGGAAUUAUGCCGGAGUCGACUUCCAGUGAUCUUUACGCCACGGUUGGAGAUGAAUACUCAAUGGCUCCUGGCUCACAGCCUUCAGAGGGGCUUACAGAGAAUGCAGAACCCGGGUACGAGACCAUCAAGAUCUCCAAAGCAUCUGAAGAGGCUCAUCUUGGCAAUGGGAUAGUGGAGCCUGACUACGAAAGUGUGGGGGAACUGGGUCUGAACGGGGACAUCUCUCGUCUCUAACUACCCACUUAAGAACUGCGAACACUGAGGCAACUUAAGAAGUGAAAUGUGUGUGGUAUCAUGAGUAUAAUGCACUUAAUCUUUCCUACAGCAUUUAUGCACCCCAUUGUUUUUGAACGUUAUCUAUUGAAAGGCUUCAUCCAACACAGGAAAAGAAACACUCUCACAGAAGAGAGGUUUGUUAUGCUACGUAUUUGCGUGAAUAUUUGGGUACGAAAAAUCCAAGAUGUCCCUUUUAUAUAAGUUGACAUCACUUAGGAUGGACAUUUCUACAUCACUUUUUUUUGCUAGAGCCAUUGUUUCAUGACUGCUUUAUGAAAUAGCCUGCAGUAAGGAUUUAGCAAACACAGAAGCAGCAUCUCAGCUGGAGUUUGUGUGUUGUUAUAAUGUCCCUGAAAGCAGCAAAGGCUUUAAAUGUUUUCUCUCUACAGCAUACACAUCUAUUCAAACGGCACAUUCUCAUUCAUGUGAAAAAUAAUAAGGAAAUGCAAACACAUCUGCUCUAUCACACGAUGAAGAGAUGUUAAUAUGGUUUAAAACAUUCUUAUAACCUUCUUAUAAACAAAGGAAAUGUGUUGCUAGACCAAAGAUACAAAAUGAACAUUAAUUAAUAGAGAUAUUAAGCAAGAACGUACACAAACUGAAAUUAAUUUAAUAUUAAUAGUAAUCUUAUUUCAGAUACUAUGAUACUAAUUCACAUAUCUAAUUUUUGCAUAUCCUAAUUAAUAUUCAUAAGCUAAGUCUUGACUAUUUAGUGACAUAAUAACCAGCACAUCUGCAUCUGUGUAACCCCAUUUCCCACAUGCCCUCACUACGUUUCAAAACAAAGCGCCAACAAUGGUGGUGCUCUUAUAAGAAAUAUUUUAUUCAUAACACGUACUAGUGGUUUAAACCCACUUGCAUGCUGCACCUGCUGUGAGCUUCCCCUUUUCACGUGAUUCUAGUUGAGCAACUUACAGAGUUGUGUCCUGAUAUAACCCCGAAAUGCGAACCAAUCUGAAAUCAGCAACAGCAGACCUCUCAGUUCAGGCCAUUAAGGAACUGCAUCCAUUCGAAUCAUUCAGAACUGCUGGAGUGUUUCACACCAAGUGACGUUAACGUAACACAUAUCAAGACACACAAGAGGAACAUGUAGCCGUCGCGCUGAGCUGUUACACACGUUUCAUAAACAGUGUGUCAAAUCACAAGCUCAGGAGAGGAAGUGACUUUUAGGUACGCAAAUUUGAGUGCGCUUGUUUAUAAGUGUACCAAAAGGGUAUUUAGCAAAACGUAGGCCAUUAUCUAUUGCUGGUGUGAGUUCGAAUCCUUUUAGUUGUGGUUUUAUUAAGCUGUGUUGCUUCAAUAUGUAUAUGUUUUAUUAUUAUUAUUAUUAUUAUUAUUAUUAAUGCAGCUGUAUUGAUGAGUCUAUCAGAUCCAUUAUAUAUUUGAGAUAUAACUUGGUUUUUACUUGUAAUAAGGUACGCAACAUUUCAAAAGACUGAAAAGCACAGGGGGAAAAAAGACAACACGGUACUGCCGAACUGCAGCUUUGCCUGGCAGCUUAGUAAAUGUACUUUAUUAUCAGGGUAACACUUUACAAUAAGGUUGUAUUAGUUAAUGCAUUUACUAACAUGAACAAACAAUGAACUUUUUUAUUCCAGUCAUGUUACUUCAGUUGUUAGCUCAUGUUAACUCACGGUGCAUUAACUGAUGUUAACAAGCAUAAAUGUGGAUGUUAAUUGUGCAUUAGUAAAUGUUAAACUAUGAUUAAUAAAUGCUGUACAAGUAUAGUUCAUUAUUAGUUCAUGCUGGUAAAUAUAUUAACUAAUGAAACCUUAUUGUAAAGUGUGACCAUUAUCAGGUAUGCAAGUAGCUGCCUUUACGUUCAUGUAGCGGUAUAAUCAAAAAACACAGCGCGUCCAGACGCCGCAUGGGAUGACUUUCAUGCCAAGAGACACUUGUAAAUAUUCAAAAUAUCCUAUUUUGAUCUGUUAUGUCGCUGUUUGAGUACGCUUAUGUAAUAAUUGCCAAGCGUUAUCAAAUGAAAGCAUGAGGGACUUUUAAAGUUGGUUAGUAUUGAAGAAACGUUAACAGUAAGUGAAAUACAUUCAUUUUCCAGAUGCAUUUUGUAAUUACAGAACGUUUUAUGGAGGUUUAUUAAAGUUUAAAAAGCCAAUGAUCUGUAUUGCUUUGGAUUUCCUAAGCAGUGUUUAUAAAGUGAGGGUUUAAAUAAGUGUUUGCUUGUAAUGGUACAUCGUGUUGGUACAGGGUUCAUAUUGCUGAAGAUCCUUAUUUUAUUUAAUAUCAUGGUAAAUAAAUAUGUGUCUUGUUUCUCUCUUUAACCAAAUUCUGGUGUAUUUAGUUGUAAAUAUGAAUUUUGCAUUUGUUCAUCAUGUCAUCGUAAUCUUUGUAUGGUGGUAAUUGCUUUAUUAAACAAUAUAUAGUCAUGCUGGACUAAAACUA